GUCGGGAAUCGCGAGGGGAGGCGGGGCGAAGGCGGGGCUUGGGGCUGGUGGAAGCUCUGGUGGGUAGGUGGGUUCAGACCGAGGGGACUACGGGUCGGCGUUGGGCUCAGUGGGCUCGAAACAAAGGACUAUCCGGUUGGGACUCGGCGCGGUGCCUCCUGACCGGUAGCUGAGCGGCUGAUCGAGCCUUCUCGGCCAGCCAGUGCCCUCGCCGCGCGGUCUCAGAAGGCUUCUCCUCGGCUCCUUACAGCCAGCGCCGUGGUGGGGGGCCCGGCACAGCGGCACCUGCUGCUGAGGGACCCCGUGGCCCGCCCAAGGUGCUCAUGAUGGGGCUGAUCUUCGCUAAACUGUGGAGCCUCUUCUGUAACCAAGAACACAAAGUAAUUAUAGUGGGACUGGAUAAUGCAGGGAAAACCACCAUUCUUUACCAAUUCUUAAUGAAUGAAGUGGUUCAUACAUCUCCAACCAUAGGAAGCAACGUUGAAGAGAUAGUUGUGAAGAACACUCAUUUUCUUAUGUGGGAUAUUGGUGGUCAAGAAUCACUGCGCUCAUCCUGGAACACAUAUUACUCAAACACAGAGUUCAUCAUUCUUGUUGUUGAUAGCAUUGACAGGGAACGACUAGCCAUUACAAAAGAAGAAUUGUACAGAAUGUUGGCUCAUGAGGAUCUACGGAAGGCUGCAGUCCUUAUCUUUGCAAAUAAACAAGAUAUGAAAGGGUGCAUGACAGCAGCUGAAAUCUCUAAAUACCUCACCCUUAGUUCAAUUAAAGAUCAUCCAUGGCACAUUCAGUCCUGCUGUGCUUUAACAGGAGAAGGGUUAUGCCAAGGUCUAGAGUGGAUGACCUCCCGGAUUGGUGUGAGAUAACUUUUUGCUCGAAAGAGACUGCUCUAUUUAUUCUGUGACAUGAACAUUUUCCUAGUACAUUUGGCUGCUAAGGCAGCAGCAUGUUUAAUUUAUAACAACACAAACCUCUAUGAGCAACACUUGAAUCAAGUGCAGCUGAACUGGAACAUAAAAAGAUUUUUUCUUAACUUUUUUUUAAUGCACUAAUCUUCAGUUGGAUGAACAUAAUGUAUAACUAUGUUUUCAGCAACAUAAUUCUUCUGACUGCUGAUUCUAAUUAUUCAAUGACUGCCUUGUAAGAAAUGUUUGUCAUAUGUUUAAUGUUUUCUGAAGUAUUGUAAUAACUUUAAUGACCAAUUUCUUGACUACCCCCUCUCUCUACCAGAUAAUUACUGGUUUGACAAAGUAGUAGUGGAAAUCAUCAGGUACUGCUUGCAAACUUAACCAGCACUAAAUAUUUGCUCCCUCUCCAAACCACUGAUCUUUUGGACAGAACUUAUUAUAGAGAAAGAAAUCUGCCUAGAAGUUAGAUAUGUGUGUGUGUGUGUGUGUGUGUGUGUGUGUAUGUGGAAGACUGACCAUCAUGAGACCUGCUUUUAAGUUAAUUUCUCCCACAUUAUUACAAGUCAUGGAAUAAUUUUAAGUUACUAUUAGCAUGGAAAUUAAAUAGGCUGUUUAUCUAAAAGAAUUAAAUUCACUUUUCUGCCUCCUACACAGGUUUAGUUUUGGCUAAAAACUAAUCAAGGAAAAAUAUUUGAAAGCCCAACUUUGAUGGUAAAUAUUUUGGAUAA